AUCUUUAGAUCAUUUUUCGUGUCCCGUAUUUAAGGAUAAAUGUGUUUUGAAAUAAUUGUUUAGUUUGAGUGCCAUUGUACUCGACUGCAAAUUUAUCUUGUUACCUAUUAGUUUAGUUUGUAAUAUAUAAUAACAAGUAUAUUUUACGUAAACCAGUAUUUUAUAAAACAUUUAUUAUAUUUUUUGUGAAGAUUGAUCAAGUAAGUCAAAGUGCGGACCGGUUUUACAUCACUAUUUACAGACGAGCUAGUAUUUGUUAGUCUGAUUUGAACUAAGGAAAACAUAAAAGACGAAAGAAGUAAUUUGUGACUUCUAUAAAGAUGUUUAAAUUAUGUAGUAUAGUUAUAUUCAGUAUAUUAUUUAGUUUUUGUACAGCUGUUGGUGACGUUGGUGAUAAAUGUUCAACAAAUGAUGAUGAGGAUGGAAUGUGUAUACUAAUUACAGAUUGUGCCGUUGCCUUAAAUGAAAUUCAUAAUAGAAAGUAUCAUGAGUACAAAAGAUGUGGGUUCAAAGGUGUUACAGAAAUUGUAUGUUGCCCACAAAAACCUAUUGACAAAUACGGAGAAACUACUCGGAAAAAGGCGAGGAUCGCGGAUAUAGAAUGCAAGAAAAUAACAGAUACUGUCAUCCCACCAUUGGAUUUACAUAUCAUUGGAGGGGAGGCCGUAUCAGUAGGGGAAUUCCCUCAUAUGGUUGCGCUGGGCUACCCUGAAGGUGAUGGGUACAAUUUUAUGUGUGGUGCGACACUGUUGUCAGAUACAUUUGUUUUAACUGCAGCUCACUGUGUAGAUACGAUAGAUCAAAUAAAGCCUGCGAUAGCGAGGCUUGGGGUUGUUGAAUUGGGUAGUACUGCUCGCAACAACGAAACAGAUGUCGACGUCGCGGAGAUCAUAGUACAUCCUAAUUAUACCAGACGGUAUAAAUACCACGAUCUAUCUCUCAUAAGAUUAUCAAAGCGUGUAGAAUACUCGAGCGUACUGAGCCCGGCGUGUCUCUACACCAGUCUGCAGGACCCCACCGUGCCGCUCACCAUCACCGGCUGGGGGAAAACUAGCACCACAAGAAACGUCCGCAGCAACAUGUUGUUAAAAGCGAAGGUGUCCAUCGUUGGGAGGGAAAAGUGUAACGAGAACUAUUCUAUGUGGCGUAAAUUGCCCAACGGCAUCUCCAACGAACAGCUGUGCGCCGGCGACCCUCAGGGACUACGCGACACCUGCCAGGGUGACUCCGGUGGACCGCUGCAAGCACUGACGGAGGCUGACGGGCACUACCGCGUGGUGGGCGUGACGUCAUUCGGUCGCGGCUGCGGCUCCCCCGUGCCCGGCGUCUACACGCGCCUUGCGCUAUAUCUCGACUGGAUAGAGAGCGUCGUGUGGCCACAAAACUAAUACCAACAUAACAUAAAGUACACCUACUGAUACCAACAUAACAUGAAAGACGUCACUAAUACCAACAUAACGUAAUGGGUGUCGGAUCAUUUAAUGUUAGGUGAUCCACCGCUCGUUUGCCCCCUUAUGCUAUAAAAAAAUAUGAAGUGCCGACACUAAUACCAACAUAAUACGAAGUGCAAUCACUAAUACUAACGUCUGGUU